CGCCCGCCCGCCCCGCUUUCUCGGGGUGUUUUGUUCGCUCCCCAGCGCGGAGCUCCGCGCGCCCGCCCGCGCCGCGCCGGAGCGGCACAUUCAUUAUCGGCCGGGGGCUGAUUUCAAACCGCUGCCAUCGCGGCUCCAUUGUUCGCCGGGCGGCCAGGCCCCGCCCCCCUUUGUGUGGCGCGGCGGCGAUUGGCCGGCGCCGGGCGGAGGGCUGCCGUCACCGCUCGGGAAGCCCAUUCAUCUGUGCACUUGGGCGUUGGACUCCGCAUCUUAUUAGCAACCAGGGAGAUUUCUCCAUUUUCUCCUUGUCUACAGUACGGCUACAAAUCUGGGAUUUUUUAUUACUUCUUUUUACUAAACUUGGGCUCCUUUUUUUUUUUUUUUUUGCUCGACUUUUUCCUCCCUUUUUUUCCCCUCCCUCCUGUGCUGCUGCUUUUUGAUCUCUUCAACUUUAAAUUUUUUAAAAGGAGUGCAUUAUAAUCGGUUCUGUUCUCUCUUCUCUUUUUUUUUUCCCCUCUGGUGUGUGUGUGUGUUGCUGCUGCUGCUGGUCGCCCAGUAUUUAUACCAACCCAACGCUCUUUGUUUCCCCUCCUUUUGGAUCUGUUGAGUUUCUUUGUUGAAUAAGACAGCAUGGGUGCCCAGUUCUCCAAGACCGCUGCAAAGGGCGAAGCCUCCGCCGAGAAACCUGGGGAAGCAGUGGCUGCAUCUCCAUCCAAGGCGAAUGGACAGGAGAACGGCCACGUGAAGGUGAACGGCGACGCCUCCCCCGCGGCGGCGGAGGCGGGCAAGGAGGAGGUGCAGGCCAACGGCAGCGCGCCCGCCGAGGAGACGGGCAAGGAGGAGGCGGCCUCGUCGGAGCCCGCCUCCGAGAAGGAGGCGGCCGAGGCGGAGAGCACCGAGCCGGCCUCCCCGGCGGAGGGCGAGUCCUCCCCCAAGACUGAGGAGGGCGCGACCCCCUCCUCCAGCAGCGAGACCCCGAAAAAAAAAAAGAAGCGCUUUUCCUUCAAGAAGUCCUUUAAGCUCAGCGGCUUCUCCUUCAAGAAGAACAAGAAGGAGGCCGGCGAGGGGGCCGAGAGCGAGGCCGGCGCCGCCGCCGCCGCGGCGGAGGGCGGGAAGGAGGAGGCGGCGGCGGCCCCCGAGGCGGCGGGCGGCGAGGAGGGCAAGGCCGCCGCCGAGGAGGCCUGCGCGGCCGCCGCCGAGGCGGGGAAGGAGGAGGCGGGGGACUCGCAGGAGGCCAAAUCGGACGAGGCCGCCCCCGAGAAGGCGGCGGGAGAGGAGACCCCGGCCCCGGCGGCGGCGGAGGAGCAGCAGCAGCCGCCGCAGCAGCAGCAGCAGCAGCAGGCGGCGGAGGGGAAGGCGGAGGAGGCGGCGGCGGGCGCCGGCGCCGCCACGAGCGAGGCGGGCAGCGGCGACCAGGAGGCGGCCCCCGCGGAGGAGCCGGCGCCGGCGCGGCAGGAGCCCCCCUCCGAGAGCAGUCCGGAGGGAGCCGCCGGCGAGUCGGCGGAGUAAAGGCCGCCGCCGCCCCUCGCCGACGGACUUUUCUUCCCCCCUGUUUGUUUGUUGGAGUGGUGCCAGGUACUGGUCUCGGAGAACUUGUCUACAACCAGGGAUUGAUUUAAAAGAUGUCUCGUUUCUCUUCUUUUUUUUUUUUUUUUUUUUUCCCCCUCUCCCCCCCCCCCCCCUCCCCGCCCACCCCUCGCAGCUCCCAUCUCAAAUCGUUGUGUGUUGCCGCCAUUCCAACGGGCGGAGGGGGGCCCCCCUCCGCCCCCCUCUCCCGCCCUCUAUAUUUUGGUUUCUUUCGGUUUGUUUUAUUAAUUUUUUUUUUUUCAUCAGUAUUAAUGUUUUGUUUUGGUUGGUUUGGGUUUUUUUGUUUGUUCGGGGUUUUUUUCGUUCGUUUGCCUUUUUUUUUAAUUUUUUUUUUUUUUUUUUUUCAUCCUUUGCAACUCUCCUCAUAUUAUAAAACUUUUCCCGAUCGGUCUAUGGACAUGCCCAUAUAUGAAGGAGAUGGGUGGGUCAAUAAGGGAUCUCAAAUGAAGUGACAGGGGCCGCAGUGGGGAACCCGGGGCGCGCAGCCCUUGCCGGGAGCGCGCCCCGCCAGAAAUGAUGUAAGGGGUUAGUCUUUUUUUUAAAAGAAAGUUAUUACGAUGUAUUUUGUGAGGCAGAUGUUCUAUAAGGUUUACAACACUACAAGUCUUGAUUAAGAAGGAAAGGAAAAAGGAAAAAAAAAAUAAAAAUAAAAAUCAAUACCCAGAUAAAAAGAUCAUAGUCUUAGGAAUUCAUUUAAACCAUAGGAACUUUUCACUUAUCUCAUGUUAGCUGUAUCAGUCAGUGAUUAAGUAGAAAUACAAGUUGUAUAGGCUUUAUUGUUUAUUGCUGGUUUAUGACCUUAAUAAAGUGUAAUUAUGUAUUACCAGCAGGGUGUUUUUAACUGUGACUAUUGUAUAAAAAAAAAAAAAAAAAACAAAUCUUGAUAUCCAGAAGCACAUGAAGUUUGCAACUCUUUCCACCCUGCCCAUUUUUGUAAAACUGCAGUCAUCUUGGACCUUUUAAACACAAAUUUUAAACUCAACCAAGCUGUGAUAAGUGGAAUGGUUACUGUUUAUACUGUGGUAUGUUUUUGAUUACAGCAGACAAUGCUUUCUUUUCCAGUUGUCUUUGAAAAUAAAGGAAAACUCUUCAGAUGCAAUGGUUUUUUUGUGUAGCAUCUUGUCUAUCAUGUUUUUGUAAAUACUGGAGAAGCUUUGACCAAUUUGACUUAGAGAUGGAAUGUAACUUUGCUUACAAAAAUUGCUAUUAAACUCCUGCUUAAGGUGUUCUAAUUUUCUGUGAGCACACUAAAAGCGAAAAAUAAAUGUGAAUAAAAUGUA